GUUUACAAAAGAUACUGCCAGGUUCAAGGAUGAAUUAGAUAUUAUGAAGUUCAUUUGCAAAGAUUUUUGGACGACUGUAUUCAAAAAACAAAUAGAUAACCUAAGGACUAAUCAUCAGGGUAUUUAUGUCCUUCAGGACAAUAAAUUUCGUCUCUUGACACAAAUGUCUGCAGGAAAGCAGUAUCUAGAACAUGCACCAAAGUAUUUAGCAUUUACCUGUGGACUAAUCAGAGGAGGCCUAUCGAAUUUGGGAAUAAAGAGUAUUGUAACAGCUGAAGUUUCAUCAAUGCCUGCAUGUAAAUUUCAGGUGAUGAUACAGAAGAUGUAGAGCACGUUGAAGUCUGGGUAUCUACCUUAAAAAUCCUGUGUGUGGAUUCAGUACCUUGGUUCAGCUUUGUAUGUAGUUUGUAAAUUAUAGCGGUGUGCAGCACAAUUCCAAAAUAUGUAAUAAAUGUUCAUCAAAAUAACUUAA